AUGAUGCGUCUCUGUUGGUUCACACUGUUACUCUGUGUUUCUGCCAAUGCAGGUAACGAUGCAAUGUGGCGAGAGUCUGGCGAGAACGUCACCUUGAGGUGUUCCUCCGCAGGAUGUCCCAGCGGCAAGAAAAAGUAUGAUGGGAUGUAUCUGUAUCUGAAUCAGUAUCAUGCGAAGCAGAAACAAGUGCUGUAUUAUCACCCGUGUCAACAUUCGACUGACAAAAUCACCCCUGGAGUUACAUUCUUAAACAGGAUUCAGACAAACGGAUCUCUGGAGAGCAACACUAUCACUAUCAGCCAGCUGACCGUGAAUGACUCUGGUUUCUACAGCUGUGUCUUCCAAAUAUUUCCAGAUGAAGUCCAAUGCAGCGUCCACACACUUUUUAUAAGAGGAGUGGCACCAUGUUCCAUAUCAGCACAAGUGCCUUGUGCCCUUACCAGCGAGAAAAGUCCUCCUCUUGUGGUAAUCAUCAUCGCCGCCUGCAUCAUCAGCACGCUGGUAACCAUGAUCUUCGUCCUGCUGAUCCUCCCGAGGGUGAAACAAAGGAUCUGCAGAAGAAGAAGUGUUCAGCAGGUCUCCAAUGAUUACGUGUAUGAAGUUAUGACCAAGAGCGGCCUUCGCCCUGCUCAAGAGCGGUCAUUGUCGAGCCCGUAUGAUCUAGAUUAG